AUGGCUCCGUUUCGUUUAGGUGGCACUGGGAAAGGUGGCGCCCAUUUUUCCAAUUCUCAAGAUGGAGAGGCUGGCUUGAACGAUUCAAGCAAAGAUGAUGCUUAUUGUCAUGGAAGCGAUCAUGAUAAUGAUAAAUACGAUAUUAUAAUAAUUAAAAUUAGUAAAAAUGUUUUUCAGGUAGAUAUAGAUUUGGAAGAUGACCUUAUAGUUAAACAAGUAGUUGAAGAACUAGUGCUUGAGGUUAUAAAUACUAAUAAAACAGAUUUCUCUGUUUUCAAAUCUGAAGAUAUUGAUUCUGGUGAUGAUACUUCUGAUUAUUAUGAUUUUGAAAUAAAUAAAUCUUUUGAAGUAAAGACUACCAAUUGCUCUCUGGAAUCAAUUAGUUACACUGAUUACUCUCCAGAAUGUUCUGUUAAUAAGUCAUCUGAAGUGAAUAAUAGUGGCAACGAUAACCAUGAAUAUUCUUUAAAUAAAAAGAAAGAUCAGGUUGUAAACAGUGCAAAUAAGAGUAAACAGACCAUGGAAAAAAAUACUGAAACAAAAUUAGGAAAUAAGUUAACAGGAUAUAUGAAAGCAGGAAUGAUCUCUUCAGCUGAUGAAGUGACGUGCCCAUGGCUUCAGAAAAAACACAACAAAGACAGCUCAAUUUUUUAUUUUUCAUGGUUAUGUUUAAAGUUGGCAAAAUCGAAAAGAGCCUUUUUUUCCAGCAAUGAAACUGAAAACAAAAAAUAUGCAAACUGAGGAAAAGCAAUAUAUGGUCAGAUGAUGAAGAGGUUCAUUUUGAGGAGACCUCUGGAAGUUCACAAUUCCAAAACUAUUCUGAGAAUUUCAAGCAAAAGUAAUGAAAUACUUGAUCAAACAAGAUCAAAGGCUUGAAAGUAUUGAGAAAAUUUUACUUAAUUUAACAUCUUAAACAGUUGGAGUAACUAAAGAAGUAUCCCCAGUAUGUGAUUUGACUGAGUUACACAAUUUAGAGAAGAAAAUAGAAGAUGAAGAAGAAUUUAAUAAACUAGUUUUAUCACUCUCUGCUGCUGGGGGUAAAGAUGUUAAAGAAUUUGUGAAGAAUAUUAUGGAAAGGU